AAUCAAAACGUAAACAAAAGCAAAGCAAACGUUGAAACUCGUCCAACGUGCGUGUGCUCUUGAUUGUUUUUCGCGAUAAUACUGAUAAUAUUUUUUUUGAUCAACUGAAAAUGCCGAAAAGGAAACUCAACGAGGAGGAAGAAGAAGAUAACAGCUGGGUGAACGCUGCAGGUGGCUCUGCAAAGAUUGUAGACCCUGAGAAAAUAAAAAAGCAUUCGUUGGACUCCGACGAAGAAGAGAGCGAUGAAGAUGAACAGAAAUAUCACAUACUUGCCUCUGAUGAUAUUACAGGGCAAGAGGAAGCCACGGCUCAAUUUGACGGUGAAGUGCAAAUCACUCCUUUCAACAUGAAAGAGGAGCUGGAAGAGGGUCACUUUGAUACAGAGGGCCACUACCAUUUUAAAAAGGAGAGCAGAGAGGAGAGAGAUGUCUGGCUCGACAAUAUUGAUUGGAUCAAAGUUCGUCGAACUGCACCAGAGGAGGGUGUUUUAAAAGAAGCUGAAAGCAGCAGUGAUGAUGAAGAAGUGAAGCAGUUUGAUAAAGUAGGAGGCUACCGCUCCAUAUUGUCUCACUUGAAACCUGGGGAGUCUGUUGCAAAAGCUUUGAGGAGACUAGGUGGAGGACAGAGUUUAACUGCGUCACAAAAACUUAAGAUGAAGAAAUUGGGCCAAAGUGUCGAGAGUUCCUCUGAAGAUAAGGCAGAUUUUUUGACAUUAACUGAGCUCGCCAACAACAUGCUGAAUGCAACGGGAAAUAUGAACGUCUACCAAGAAACAUUUGAGCAAAUCCAAUGCACUGUCAACAUUGCUGAUGCCAGAAAAGCAAAAGUUGAGGACCCAUUAGACUUAUUUGCUGACAAUUUUGAUGAGAAGGAAAAGGAGCGAAUCGGAGGCACGUCUGGUGAGGCUGAAAAGCCUACUGAAAGUGAACAGGAGAAGGAAUCAUCUUCUCAAGACCAAGCAGGGAAAAAUGAUGUUGUGCAAUGGGAAUUCAAAUGGUCGGAGAGCAGUGACGAAGUGCAUGGACCACAUACAUCGGAACAAAUGCAGGCUUGGGUAGAGGAAGGUUACUUUAAGGAUAGUGUGUGUGUCCGCAAAGUGGGCAGCGCAGCAAAUUUUUACUCCGCAAGAAGGGUCGACUUUGAACUUUACAUCUAGACUUAUUCGUAAUAAUGAGGGUUAUCAAAAAACUGCCACUUUUUAUCCCUAGUUUCAUCCAAAUCGUACUCCAGGCAUCUCCGUGGCGGAUCCCUUUAAAUUUUUAUAAGCAAAUAUUAAUAAUUACUCUCAUUCAAUUUUUGGCAAAUAUUACUGUGAAUAUCUCCUGCACUGAAUUAUAGGAUAGUCUUUCUUGAAGCACUGGCUUCCAAACAAGUUGAAAUAAAGAUGGCCCACAUCAUUCGA